AUGUAUGUUGGCAUCAUCGGUGGCACCGGUCUAGAUGAUCCUGAUUUCCUAGCAGAUCGUGAGGAGAAAUAUGUCGACACUCCUUUCGGAAAGCCAUCGGACGCUCUCAUCAUCGGCAAAAUCGGAGGCGUUGACUGUGUACUGCUGGCACGUCACGAUCGCGCACACACCACCUAUCCAUCCAACAUCAACUUCAGAGCCAAUGUAUGGGCCUUGAAGCAAGAGGGGUGUACACACGUGGUGGUCUCAACUGCGUGUGGCUCGCUCAGAGAGGAGAUUGCACCCGGGCAUCUGGUAGUGCUGGACCAGGGUAUCGACCGUACUACCAAGCGCGCGUCAACGUUCUAUGAUAACUCUGCGGAGGGAAUCGAGGGAGUGUGUCACGUGCCCAUGGGUGAUCCCUUCCACCCCAGGCUACGUCAGGUGGUCAUCGACUGCAUGAAAGAUCUGGACAUCACACAUCACACUAAAGGCACAAUGGUGUCUAUUGAAGGGCCCCGUUUCUCCACUCGUGCGGAGUCUCUAAUGUUCCGUGCAUGGGGUGGCGACGUCAUCAACAUGACAACAUUCCCUGAGGUUGCGCUCGCAAAGGAGGCUGGUAUAAUGUACGCUUCAGUUGCCGCAGCCACUGACUACGAUUGCUGGCACGAAAGUGAAGAACAGGUCAACGUCAUGAUGGUCCUCAAGACCAUGAAGAACAACGCAACGAAUCUGCAGAAACUAUUUUUAGAACUUGUGCCCCGGAUCGGCAAGAUGGACUGGACGGAUGACAUCACUGAAGCGCGUGACACUGUGCAGAAUGCGGUUAUGCUGCCACGUGCUAUUGAGCAGGCUUUCGAAAGCAUAGAGUGAUGGAUGUUUGAUGCACUGAUCGGAAAUAAGGAAUAGUAGUAGUAGUUGUUGUAGUAGUAUGCCACACAUUAGUUUAAAACAGCAUAGAAAACUAUAAAUGGCUGAGAACGACAUAUUGGAGCGA